UGUUUUUCUUUUUUUCUUUCUUUUUUUUUUUUUUUUUUACUCCAAUCCACUCCAUUCCAGUGGAGGGCAACAUUAGCCUCCCAGCCUGCAGCAAAUACAUUCGACGAAGAAGAUUGUUUGGCUCUUCGUAGGGAGUAAAUAUGUGAUAAAGGUCCUGCCAGCUGGAGUUCAGAAGUGACAAAGUACAGUCUGCAACAAAAAAAGAAGUGCGCAGUGUUUGAGCGACAGCAUGGCUCAGUUAACUCGUGUUUCGGGGUCUGUUGGCUUGAUCACCCUUCAAAAUCCUCCUGUUAAUGCACUCAGUGCAGCAGUGAGGCAAGGCAUCGUUGACACAGUGAAGAAAGCAGUCAGUGACCCACUAGUGAAGUGUGUGGUCAUUUGUGGACAGAAUGGAGUAUUUUGUGGCGGAGCGGACAUCAGAGAAUUUGGAGCCCCCAUGACUGGACCUCCACUGGUGCCAAUGAUCCACGCUAUCGAAGCUACGAACAAGCCGGUGGUGGCGGCCAUAGAGGGAGCAGCUUUAGGUGGAGGCCUGGAGCUGGCACUUGGCUGUCAUUAUCGCAUCAUACAUUCCAAAGCCAGAGUGGGGCUUCCAGAGGUGACACUGGGUCUGCUGCCAGCUGCAGGGGGAAGCCAGCGUUUGCCAAGGCUCAUUGGGGUCCCAGCUGCCUUAGAACUCAUCACCACAGGCCGCCAUGUGAGUGCAGCUGAGGCACUGAAACUUGGAAUAGUGGACCAGGUUACUGAUGACAACACCGUGGAUACGACUGUGAAGUUUGCCCUGAGUGUUGUUGGACGGUCUCUAGAGUCCCGCCGUAUAAGCACCUUCCCGUGUCCACCCGUCUCAGACCUGGACGCCGUGUUUGAUGUGGCGAUGCAGAGGGUGCGUCAAAGUGCCCGUGGAGCCAUCGCACCGGUCACGUGCGUCCAGGCGGUACGGGCAGCUGCCACUCUGCCCUACACUCAGGGCAUGAAGCGAGAACAAGAACUUAUGGCCACUCUGUUCACUUCAGGCCAGGCCCGUGCUCUCCAGUACUGUUUCUUUGCUCAGAGAGCUGUUAGCAGGUGGAGCAUGCCCAGUGGAGCUCGCUGGGACACGAGCAAGCCCAGGCCCAUCAGUAAAGCAGCGGUUAUUGGUCUUGGCACUAUGGGGAGAGGCAUAGCAGUGGCCCUGGCUCAGGCAGGGUUAUCUGUGGUCGCUGUGGAGACCCAAGAGAAGCAGCUAAUGGAUGCAAAGCAGGCAGUGUCGGGCAUGUUGGAGCGAGGUGCUAAGAGACGAGGAGUGGCCCCUGCACUUGGUUUGGUCAGUUACAGCCAUAACAUCCAGGCUGUAGCAGAGGCAGACCUGGUCAUAGAAGCAGUGUUUGAGGACAUGGACUUGAAGAAGAAGGUCUUUCAGCAGUUGUCUGCUGUUUGUAAACCAGGUACGUUGCUGUGCACCAACACCUCUUCACUAGACGUUGACCACCUGGCCUCUCAAACCCCCAGCCCUGAGCUGGUGGUUGGGAUGCACUUCUUUGCCCCAGCCCAUGUCAUGAAGCUUCUGGAGGUGGUGUAUGGACCUCGGUCUUCCCCUCAAGCUGUGGCCACUGCUAUGCAGCUGGGCAAGAAAAUGGGCAAAGUCAGUGUGGCUGUGGGCAACUGCCGGGGCUUCGUGGGGAACCGGAUGCUGAAGCCGUACAUGGAACAAGCCUUUUUCCUGCUGGAAGAGGGGGCCACGCCUGAGUUAGUGGAUCAAGCUCUGGAGGAGUUUGGUUUUGCCAUGGGUGUCUUCAGAAUGUCCGACCUCUCUGGGCUUGACGUCGGCUGGAGGGUCAGGAAGGCAGAUGGGCUGGUGGACCCUGAUGCCACAUCAGGACGGUCUGCUAGGAUCCGUCAGGGCCGCAGGUACAGUCCUCUGGGGGACCUCCUCUGUGAGCAGGGUCGCUUCGGUCAGAAAGCAGGCCGGGGCUGGUACCAGUAUGACAAACCCGGCAGUCGGGUGGCAAAGCCUGACCCUUGGCUGCACAACUUCCUGGAGCAGUACAGAGCCCGACAUGGUCUGGGUGUACGCCACAUAGACCACCAGGAGGUUUUGGAGCGCUGCCUCUAUGCGCUGAUCAAUGAGGGUUUCCGCAUCCUGGAGGACGGGAUCGCUGCAGGACCUGAGGACAUCGACGCCAUCUACGUAUUUGGCUACGGCUGGCCCAGAUACCGUGGAGGUCCCAUGUUCUACGCUGGCAUGGUGGGGUUGGCAAACGUCCUGGAGAGGCUGGAGCACUUCCACCAGGUUCACCCUGAUGUGCCCUACCUGCAGCCCUGCAGCCUGCUCAGGAGGCUGGUGGCCAGCGGCAGCCCCCCCAUCCAAAAGUGGAGGGAGGUCAUCAGGAAAGUCCACAGCCAGCUUUAACAUGUAGACCUGAAGCUUUAAUCAUCUAACACUAAACAUUAAUACUUUAAAUGAAUGUAAAUUAACUGCAUUGAAAUGAUGCUUUUCAAAUUGAAUUCUGAUUAAGUUUAUGUGAUAAUUUGGGGAUUUAAUGAGGCUGAAGUUCUUUCUGUGAUUAUUUAUUCUAACAUUUCUGAAUGUCCAUGAACUAUUGAGCCAACACUGAGAUUUCAAACAUUAACAAACAAUAAUAUGAAGAAGGAAUUUUGUGAACAGAAAUACAAUUAUUAUAUAAAUGUAAAAAAAAAAAAAAAACUAACUACAGUGAGCAAUGCAUAAUUGAGUAAAAUGAAAUUGUGCAGAUAAAAUCAGUUUUGUUUCCUGA